AUGACGACGAUGAACAAGACGAUUACCUCUCAAAAAUGGCCUACCAUGUCCAUGAAGAAGAAUUCAGUCUCUGAACCUUUUAGACACAACCAUACCAACCUCAACCAUAUAAUCCCACUCGAUUUUAAUAAUAUCAGCAAUUUACCCAAUUCUCAUACCUGGAAAUCAUCCCCAGACGAACACCGCCUAAUAUUGGAUUGUACCCAAGAAAUCGUGCUGGUUAUAAACCUCGAGCACCCGCAGGCGCCAAAGCUCAUACGACAUGCCUAUGAAGAAUGGGGUGUGUUUCAACUGACCAACCAUGGCAUCCCAAUCACUAUAAUGCACGAAAUCGAAAAGCAGACAAGAAGGCUGUUCGCAUUGCUGACGAAACACAAGUUGCUGGCUGUUCGAUCUCUGGAUGGCUUAAAUGGAUACGACUUGGCUUGCAUAUCGGCAUUCUUCCAGAAGCUAAUGUGGUCAGAGGGAUUCACCAUAAUAGGGUCGCCAGAGCAAGAUGCCAGCAAACUUUGGCAGCAUGAUCACACCCAUUUAUGCAGUAUAAUGGAAGAGUACCAGAAGUUGAUGAAGGGACUAAGCCAGAAAAUAAUUAGGUUGAUGCUUAUGUCACUGGGUCUGCCCGUGACCAAAACCAGAUCCUCUCUUCAAGCCCAAUCUGCUCUCCAACUCAACUCCUACCCGGUCUGCCCGGAUCCGGAUCGAGCCAUGGGUCUGGCCCCGCACAACGACUCAUCGCUUCUCACUUUGCUCUACCAAGGCAACGUCAGCGGCCUCCAAGUCCUCAAGGAAAAUCUCGGGUGGGUCCCGGUGGAACCCGUAUCCGAUUCGCUCGUUGUCAACGUUGGUGACUUGAUGCAUAUAACCACCAAUUCCCUCUUCAGAAACGUCCUGCACCGUGCGGCCGUGAACAGGACACGUCACCGCAUAUCGGUAGCCUACUUCUACAACCCGCCAAAGAACACGAAGAUCUCACCGUUGAUUAAGUUGACGGACGUUGACCAUCCUCCACUAUAUCGAGCGGUGACAUGGGAGGAGUAUCUGGACGCUAAGGCGACGCAUUUUAACAAGGCUCUCGACUGGAUCCGUUGCGAGAAACAGAUCUAA